AUGAUGUUUAAUGAUGAGAAAGAAAUGUUGGAGUUCUACAAAAGAUAUGCUUACGUUGUAGGCUUUCCAGUUCGAAAAAGGAAUUCGAAAAAAGGUGAUGAUGGAGUUAUGAGAUACGUGACUUUCACAUGUAGUCGCGAAGGGCGAAGGAAUUAUGCUACAGGCGGUUCAUUGAAGCCGCAACCAACAAGUCAGACUGAUUGCAAAGCUAGAAUAUCCGCGUCCUUAGAUAAUCUUGGAGUUUGGAGAAUUAACAAAGUGUACCUCGAUCAUAAUCAUAAGACAAGUCCUUCACAGUCUAGAUUGUACCGAUGCAACCGAAUUUUGAGUGCGAGUGUGAAGCGAAAACUCCAAGUGAAUGAUAUGGCAGGAAUUCCUUUACACAAGAGCUACAACUCCGCAGUUGUGGAAGCAGGUGGGUAUGAGAAUACGACUUUUGUGGAGAGAGAUUGUCGGAACUAUGUUGACCAAGAGAGACGAUUACGCCUUGGAGAAGGAGAUGCCAUUGCAUUACAGGCGUACUCUUCAAAGAUGCAGGCAAGGUGCUCAGGAUUUUUUUUUAGUAUGGAUUUAGAUGGUGAGUCACGACUAAAGAAUGUUUUCUGGGAAGAUAACAGAUGCAGGCAAGCUUACAAAGAAUUUGGUGAUGUGGUCACUUUCGAUACCACGUAUAUAACAAAUAAGUACGACAUGCCCUUUGCCCCCUUUGUUGGGGUGAAUCAUCAUGGACAAAAUACACUACUCGGUUGUGGGUUGUUAUCUAAUGAAGAAACAGGGACUUUUGUGGGGUUAUUCAGGACGUGGCUCGAGUGCAUGCAUGGUGAAGCACCCAGAGGGAUCAUUACUAAUCAAGAUCGAGCAAUGCAAAAUGCCAUUGAAAUAAUUUUUUCGAAAACGAAGCACAGAUGGUGUCUUUGGCACAUUAUGAAGAAACUGCCAGAAAAGUUUGGCUACCUCAGUCAGAAGAGCUCAAAUUUUGCUGCUAUACAUGGGUUGGUGUAUGACUCAGAUAUUGUUGACGAAUUCGAAGAAGGUUGGAGAUCGAUGCUUGAUACAUAUGACUUACAUGAUAAUGAUUGGUUAUCGAGAUUGUAUGAGAAUAGGAAUCGAUGGGUUCCAUGUUAUUUGAAGACUACAUUCUGGGCAGGGAUGUCAACAACCCAACGAUCUAAGAGUAUGAAUGCAUUUUUCGAUGGGUACAUGCAUUCAAAGACUUCGUUGAAGCAGUUCGUGGAGCAAUAUGAAAGAGGACUGAGAAGUAAAGUUGAGAAAGAGUUCCAAGCCGAUUUCAGGUCAUUUUCCCAAAUGGUGCCCUGUGCAACGGCAUUUCAAAUGGAAAAACAAUUUCAAGCAGUAUACACCAUUCCGAAGUUCAAGGAAGUUCAACAAGAGUUCAUCGGGAAAGUAUACUGUGACAUCGUAUCUGAAAAUACCAAUGAUCAUUUUUGGACGACCUACGAUGUGCGGGAACAUGUUGUAUAUCAGGAGCAUAGGAAGAAGAAAACUUUUCACGUGUCACUUCAGAGGGAGUCAUGUGAGUUGAUUUGUAGUUGUCGCCAAUUUGAGUUUCGAGGAAUCAUUUGCAGGCAUGCGAUCGCAAUAUUGAUUCGUAAUGACAUUACGACAAUGCCAGAUAGGUACAUACUCAAGAGGUGGAUGAGAGAUGUCAGUAGAGCACACACAAGGGUUGCAGUAAAUUACGAUGGAUUGAUGAGUACCCCUGAACAGUUGAGGUAUGAUGACAUGUGUCGGGCUUUUUCAGAGGUCGCAGACCUCGCAGCAAAUGAUGAUGGUUGGACCCGUAGUAUAAUGGAUUGGAUAAAAUCUCAAGCAUCAGAUUUGCGGAUGUCGAUAUCGAGUAUCUGA